AUGUCCCCAGCCCAGGACCUGCAAAGCCGCAUGAUGGCCGCCCAUGAUGACGUGGAAGAAGCCUUGAAUCAGGCCGAGCUUGCUGGUCAAUUCCCUCAGCCAAUGUUCAGGUCUGCUUUUGAGAGUCAUGAUGAUGGCGAGAGCGAUCUUGAUAAUGACAACACGUUUGCGUUUGAAGGCAACUCGGAGGAUGACGAGCAAUUCGGCUUCGGUGCGGGCUCAGGGGAUGACAUGAUCGAGGGGCUUAUAGACGACCCAGAGCUCAUAGGAGGGUUGACCGAUGGCCAUGACAUUGAAGACGAGGAUCAUCAAGUCGAUCUCGAUCAACUACCUGCCAGCAUCUUCGACCCUGCUGCCCUUGGACUGAAGGAGAUCAACAACCUCGCACGCUUUCGAGUCAGCACCUACAAGCCUGGGAACGGUGUCCAGGAACUCCUCAGCGAUGACCUGGACAAAUACUGGCAGUGA